AUGCCCAACUCUCACGACUCCUCUCGGGCCAUGCUUGCCAGUCUCACCGGCAAGCGCACUUCGCUCCGCAUGUCCACCUGCAGCGCCGCGCCCACCCUGGCUCCCUCAAUUGCGCCCUCGCACCUGUCAGAUGCCUCGACAGCCAACGACCCCAAGUCGCAAGACAUCAAGACAUGGAACGCCGGCUUCGACCGUCUCGAGGACAAGCGCCUGGUCCAACAACGAUACGCCCUCAGCAGCGAAAAGAACGACGACAUGAGCAAGCUGGCGCUGGGAGCCAAACUUGACCGCGCACUCGGCCGCCGCAUGUCGGGCCAAGACGCCGUUUUCCGCCCAAGGACGCUGAGCGAGAAGAAGGAACUCAAGGCAUAG